AUGAAAAAAUUUGGAAGAAAUUUCAUUUAAAAUUUUGAUUUAUUUGCAAAACCUUUUUCCUUUUUUGUUGGCGAUAAAAAAAAUAGGAGUACGCUUGUUGGGGGAAUACUCUCUUUGGUAGUAAUGGGAAUAUCAAUUUACUACUUUUAUUAUCUUAUGAAUCUCUAUUUUUCAAAUAAAAUAUAACCCAAGAUAACAGAAAAUUUUAAGAUUGAAAACAAUUUUAAUAAUGUUCAAAUUCGUGAAGGAUUUAUAAUUAUGGAGAUGCUUGUUAAUGGUCAACCUCUUAAGUAGUAUGAAUAAUAGGUUAAUAAAAUAUAUCUUAACUAUACUAUCAAUUAUGAAUAGUAUUACACAAAUGGAACUAGCUAAUAAGUAAGUUUACCAAUAUCUUAAUGUACAGAUUUUGAUUUUUCAGGUUAUCUUUGUAUUGAUUAAAGCGCAUUUUAAGAAAAUUUAGAUAUUUAUAGUAACCCUAUUUCUCAGCUUUCAUCUGAUUAUGCUGUAUAAAUUAAUCUUUGUGAUAAUACUACUGUUUCAAAUUGUGCUACUUAAGAAGAAAUAUAUGAAUUAAUCUUUCAACCCCAGAAUUAUUUUUAGAUUUUCACAAAAAUAAAAUAAUAUAAUUCAAACACAAGAUAGUUUGAAGAUGGGUAUAAGUCUGAAUAUUUUUACUUCGAUCCAUAUUUGAUUACUUAUACCAGAAUGGAUUUAGUAGUAGCAACAACAACUCUAACUCAAGGUAUGGUGUUUUAAGCUAAUACUCAGAGUGAUAAUAUUUAUAACUAUUAAAGAGUAGAUACAUAUUUUACUAAAUAAGGAAUAUAAUAAAGGAUGGGUAUUGAUGGAUUAGCUUAUAUAGUUUAUGAAUUAAACUAAGUUCAUAAUUAUUUUUAAAUUUAAGAACCUAUGUUAACUGAAGUUUUAGCAUAGUUUAUGAGUAUUUUUAAUACACUGCUUAUUAUUGGAUUCUUAGCUAGGUUACUUGCAGAGUCUCAUAUUGUUGAGGAUAUGAAUAAUAUUUUACUAAAAGAAUAUUAUAAAAGAACAGCUCUAAGACUUGUUUAGAGACAAUAGCUUAAAUAAGUAUUUCAAACUAUUGAAAAAGCAGAGCCUUCAGCUUAAGCAUAAAUAAUACAAAGUUUCAAUUCACAGAGUAAAGUACAUGUAUUGAAAGAGCCAUCACCUGAAUAAUAAAAAUCAAAAUUAUUUGUAGAAAUGAAUAAAAAAAUAGCAGAAACUAAUUUUUCUGAAUAGUUAUCAAAGUAUUUCAAUUUAAGUAUAAAAGAUAGAAUUAAGCAUUUUAUUUGUUCUAUUUUUGCCAGAAAUCAUAAAGUAGAUGAAAAAAAAGAUCCUAAUUCUGACCCAAUUUUGUACUCAAAUCUUUAAAAAUAGUCAUUAAAGAGGAUUAACAUAUUCGAAGUAUACAAAGACCUUAUAAAAAUAAAAAUGGCAAUUAAGCUAAUUAUGACAAAAGAAUAAUAUGCUGCCAUGCAAUUUUGUGGUUCUGAAAUGUGUUCAGAAGAAUAGGAAACUAAAGUGGAUUAAAAUAAAGAAUAAUUAAAAAUAAUAGAAAAGUCAAAUGCUACUUUAAUCAAACCUUCACCUAAUAAUACUUUAAAUAUUUUAUAAAAAUCUUCUAGUGUUAAUUAGUUUUAAGAAGCAAGAUAAAGUAAGAGAAUAUUAAGCGCAUUUUCUAAAGAAAAAAAUUAUGAAAAUAACCCAGAAGCAAUAUAAAAGAAUAAAACGAGCAGAUUGAAUGUUGAAAGCCAUUUAUAUUUACCAUAAAAUUGUUAGUAGCAUAAAACGGUAGUUAAUCAUAAAUUUUCAAAUAAAAACUAACAAAUAUCUAAACAUUUAUCUGAUUCAGAAAUUUUUUUGUGUUUCCCAAAUGAUUAAUAAACUCGUUCAAGUAAGAAUUCAAUUAUUACUACAAUAAACACUUUACGUUCUAUUUAGUAAAAAUCCCCAAAAAAGUAAAUAUCAGCCACUGAAGAGAAAGUAAAUAUUUAAAAUUUGAAGAUUUUUGGAGAUUAAAAUGUUUUUGAAAAUGGUAAUUUAUCUUCAGAUAGUUUAGAAGAGUAACAAUAAAAUAUGUUUUAACAAAAUGAUUUAUAAAAUUUGUAAUCUCAUUUAGUUGAAAUGGACAAAAUAGAAUCAGAUUUAUAAGAACAAGAAAAAUAUUUAAAUUAGUUUUUGAUAAAAAUUAAAAACCAAAAACCAAAUGCCAUGAAUCCUAUUGACAAACAUAUAUUUUAGAGCUUGCUUGUAAAUGAUUAACAGCCAAAUAAAAUCAACAAUUUUAGGGAUUUAUAAAACAUUACUUUAGAUAAAAAACUUUCAAUAGAUCUCUAGCCAAGGUUAUCAAAAUUAUUAAUAGAUUUCCAAAUAAAAUAAAAUAAAGAUCACCCAUAAAUCAUUUGA